UCUCGGUUCCCGUACGAGCACGACACGUUCUGCUUCGACGGCCUGGACGCGUCUCUCGAGGACCUCACGCGCGCGUUCACGCCGGUGAUCUCCCCGGACAGACUCGCGCGCCUGGACGCGGUCGUCGAGCAGCGGUCGUUCGAUAUACUCCCGAUCCUCGAGGGCGCGUACGACAUCGGAAACGUCCUCGCGGUGUGCCGAAGCACCGAGGCGCUCGGGAUCGGCACCCUGGGCGUCGUGUCCGACACCGGCUUGAAGUUCAAACAGAGCGGAAGAACCUCCGGAGGCGCGGUGAAGUGGACGCAUCUGCAGCAGUGGAGGUCCACCGCGGACGCGGUUCGAGACGCGAAGAAGAGGGGCUAUCGCGUCCUCACGACGGUGUUCGAAGGCGGGCACCCGCUGGAGCAUUACGAUUGGACCGUCCCGACGGCGGUCAUCUUAGGAAACGAGCGCGAGGGCGUGAGCGAGGAGGCGAAGAAACUCGCGGACGGCGGCGUGUACGUCAGCAUGAACGGCUUCACGGAGAGCUUAAACGUCUCCGUCGCGUCGAGCCUCGUGAUGCAUCACGCGGUGCAAGACAGAACGCGCAGAGCGGGGAAGCACGGGAGCUUGACGGAGAGAGAGAAGGAGACGCUUCGUGGGGUGUACCUCGCGCGG